UUCAAGAGGGUAGCGAACAGAGAGAGUGAUUGUGAAAUCAUGAAAAUGGUUUGUUGUUGUCUGAAGGAAUAACCUAUGCGACGAAUUAUACAAUUCAUAGGCGAUCUUUUUUUGCGUCCGUGUUAGCUAGUUACGUUUUCAUAGUGUUGUCACAUUAUUUUUUAUUUUUUUACUGUACACUCUGGUCGACUGACAGUGGAAUACCCUGGAUAGUAAACUGUUAAAUGAGCUUUUUUGGCUAGCUAGCUAGCGAAGUUAUUCUGUGGAAAUCACUGCUCCGCAGCAGUUGAGCGUUUUUUGUUAAAAAUACUGCAAACCCAGACGUCCCAGGAGAGCAGUUGGGGCUAAGGAAGGCUAAGCUGAUCGCUGCUGGCUGGUGACUUCCCUGAGAAGCUGGUGUUGGACUGGAGCAGCCAGCUAGGGCCAUGAGCCAGAGGUACCUCUUCCCUCUGUGGACCAGAGCCAACAUGGAGGUUUAGCCCAGACAGACGCUGAGCAAGUGUUCAGUGCUGUGGGUCCUCUACCUGGGAAUGGAGUGGUGUCAGCUGCAGACUGGAUGACAGGGUCUUCAGGGAGAGCCCACCGCUAAUCCGUUACGUUACGGUAACACUGACGGCGAGAGACAUCCUCACCCCGGCGACCACAACAGAAUCUGCCUCUUUUUCUCAUCCAACUCUAUCUGGACUCUCUCCUGGUCCCCUCUACUGCCCCCCUCCCUCCCUUCCCUCUCCUCUCCUCCUCUUUCCCUCACCUUCCCUCCUCCUCCCAUCCUUUUCCCUCUCUCACUCUCUUCCUUCUCUCCUACCCUGUUGUCCAUGUGCCAGCGCCUCUCUCCUGCUCCUGUCUGAACCCUGAACAUUGAUCCCUCUGGAGGUCAGGAUGAGCUGGCUGAGCCGGCUGACCCCUCGGGGUCCGGGGGGCAGGUCCAGUAGGAACGUAGCCUCUUCCAGUCCCUGUACUGCUGACCCAGAGACCUGCCUCAUGGUGUUUGAGAACCACUGGAGACAGUUGUCCUGGGUGCUGGAGCAGCGGGACCCGUCAGGCUCUAGUGAUGACCUCACCACGGUGCGGAACCACACCGAUCAGAUGCUGUGCCUCCUGGCUGAAGAGCGACCGGGGGAAAGGGGCGAGGGCCCCCCCGGGACGUUAACUUCCGGCAGCGUCCCGCCGGUGGGACCCAUCCUGGGCCUGAUGGUGACUGAGAACGUCCUGGAACGCGUGUUGCAGUGGCACCUGCGUCGCGGAUUAGACCUCGACAGCCAGGGGGCGUUACUCAAGUUGUUUGAGAUGCUGAUAGGCCAGUCUCAGCAGCCCUUGCUCCAACACAAGGCGGUGCUGCAACCUCUACUGGGUCUGCUGGGGGCCUGUGCUGAGCCCCAACUGGGCUGCCAUCCUUCUCUGGAGAACAGUCUGGUACUGCUGCUCAACCAGAUCUGUGUGUCGAUGGCGCGCGCCCCGGCGGUGUUGGAGCUGUUGUUCAGGUCGGCCCCGGCCCAACACGGUCCUACCAACCUGCUCAUCUUCUCCCUGUUGGUCCCCUUCAUCCACCGUGACGGAGCCAUCGGACAGCAGGCCCGAGACGCCCUGCUCCUCGUCAUGGCAACCUCCGCCAGCAACCAGGGCGUGGCACGCUACAUCGCAGAGAACUCCUACUUCUGCCCGAAGAGGACUGGCCACCCCUCAGACCUGGUUCCGGUCUACCCGGACAGCCAGAAGAGGACUGGCCACCCCUCAGAGCAUGGUUCGGUCUACCCGAUAGAGCCAGAAGAGGACUGGCCACCCCUCAGACCCGGUUCUGUUCUACCCGGUACAGUAGAAGAGGACUGGCACCCCUCAGAGCCUGGUUCCUGUCUACCCGGUAGAGCCGAAGAGGAACUGGCCACCCCUCAGAGAUGGUUCCUGUCUACCCGCCAGAGGAGGACUGGCCACCCUCAGACCUGGUUCCGGUCUACCCGGUACAGCCAGAAGAGGACUGGCCACCCCUCAGACCCGGUUCGGUCUACCCGGUACAGCCAGAGGAGGACUGGCCACCCCUCAGACCCUGGCUUCCUGUCUACCCGGUACAGCCAGAAGAGGACUGGCCACCCUCAGACCCUGGUUCCGGUUCUACCCGUGAAGAGCCGGAAACCUUCGCUAGGGGACCUGAUCAUGCGUCACACCAACAGCCCCACGCGGGCACGCCACGCCGCCCAGCUCGCCCUGGCCCACGUACGAGACGGCGGCCAAUCGCUGCACAGUGCCCUGUUCCGGGGCGGGACUGGGGGAGGGGCUUCGGGGCUGGAGAAGCAGGCGGAGGCUCUGAGGGUGAAGAACGCCGUCUACUGCGCAGUCAUCUUCUCUGAGUUCCUCAAGGAGCUGGCCGCUCUGGCCCAGGAGCACGCUGUCUCCAUGCCCUUCCUCCAGAGCCACGACACUGAGGAGUGA